AUGCGUCCAGUGAAAUUUGCCGAAUCCGCGUUAAUUGCCGUUAUUACUCCUUACUUAUGGACAUUUUCAUUAUUCGCUGUUGUGAUGCCACCAUUUAUGAUGUUGCGCAGGACACCCUCCGAUAGGCUUGGAUUUUGUAUAAUUUUCGUAAUAUAUAUACUGUUUCAAUUGACUGCAAGCGUCUGGAUGGAAUAUUUUAACAGUGUGAUGAUCGGUCGUUUUGUGUACACAAACUCUAUGGAUAGUAUGACUUAUAUUUUAAGUCUUGGCAUCAAUAUCGUACAACUCAUAGUACAAACAGUGAUCUAUACCCAAGCAUUAACCGGAUACCAACAACUUCGGAGCAUACUAGACAGCGUGAACCAGCUAGAAUCAGAUAUACGACAGCAUUGUGCAGCCGUGCCUACAUUAUAUUCUAUGCGUUGGCGAUUUCAUCUGCGUAUAGACAUUUGGUUACUGAUAGUUUGUGUUUUUCUGCCGCCACUGACUUACGCUCUCGCUACGACUACACUAACAACACUUUCUAAAUUCAUUAUUGUAUUUUGUUCCGUGUUGAUUCAAAUGAAAGGAAUUGAAUAUUGUAUUAGUGUGCAAAUGAUACAGGAACUGUUACAUCUGGUGCAGCAACAGCUGAUACAUUUGAAACGAGAACUGGUGCGCUGUGAGAGAAUGGAGCUGCGUUGUUGUUUAUUUACUGAAUUGCAAGCAAAUCAAAAACUGCUCGCCCGUAUCUGGGAUCUACUAAACCAAGUCGAGCGAUAUUUUUGCAUACCAUUAUGUAUGCUAUUCUUUUACAAUGGAUUUUUAAUGACGCAAACCAUACAUUGGGGCUAUAUUAAUUUUAAGCUUGAUGAUUUCAUGCUGCGUUUAUGUCGCAUUAGCUACAUUGUCUUGUUGAUAAUUUCGUUGUUUAUACCCUGCUACCGGAGUCAAUGCUGCAUUGAUGAGUACAAUCGAUUCGGCACAAUAUUACAUAAAUUGAAAACGGUUGGGAUCGACGAACAACUCAAUAUGCGAGUACAGGAGUAUUCGCUUCAAUUGAUGCAUCAAAAGAUGCUCUUCACUUGUGGUGGUCUCUUCGACAUAAACCUGAAGAAUUUUGGAGCGACUAUCUUAACCAUUGCCACUUAUAUUGUUAUACUAAUUCAAUUCAAAUUACAAGCUGAAACGGGAAGGAAAUCGAGAAUUGAAGCGCGAAUUGAAUAAAACUGUC